AUGGCCAGGGGAAGAGCAGCUUCUGCUUGCGCGUCGUCGUCGUCGUCGUCCAUGGCUAAUCUCCUCAGGCUCGCCGUGGUGCUUGCCAUUGCCGCUACGGUGCGGGUGGCGCGUGGCGGCGGCGGCGGCGGCCAUGACUACCGCAAGGCGCUGAGCAAGAGCAUCCUCUACUUCGAGGCGCAGCGCUCCGGCGUGCUCCCCCGUAACCAGAGGAUCGCCUGGAGGGCCAACUCCGGCCUCGCCGACGGCAAGGCCAACGGGGUGGAUCUUGUCGGCGGCUACUACGACGCCGGCGACAACGUCAAGUUCGGGUUCCCCAUGGCGUUCACGGUGACCAUGAUGGCGUGGAGCGUCCUCGAGUACGGCAGGCAGAUGGCGGCGGCCGGCGAGCUAGGCCACGCCAUGGAGGCCGUCAGGUGGGGCGCCGACUACUUCGUCAAGGCGCACCCGGAGCCCGACGUGCUCUACGCAGAGGUCGGAGAUGGUGACUCGGACCACAGCUGCUGGCAGCGGCCGGAGGACAUGACGACGAGCCGCCAGGCGUAUCGCCUGGACCAUCAGCAUCCGGGCUCUGACCUCGCCGGAGAAACCGCGGCGGCGCUGGCGGCGGCGUCGCUCGUGUUCCGUAGGUCCAGCCCGAGCUACGCCGACAACCUCCUGCAGCACUCGAAGCAGCUGUUUGAUUUCGCCGACAAGUAUAGGGGGAAGUACGACGACAGCAUUCCGGUCGCGAAGAGCUUUUACGGGUCAGUCAAUGGAUACGGGGAUGAGCUAUUAUGGGCAUCGGCGUGGCUAUAUCAGGCAACCGACGACCGUCACUACCUCGAUUACUUGGCGAACAAUGGUGACGCACUAGGCGGGACCGGCUGGGGUACCAACGAAUUCGGCUGGGACGUCAAGUACCCAGGAGUGCAAGUCCUAGCUGCCAAGUUUCUGCUGCAAGGGAAAGCCGGCCAGCACGCCGCCGUGCUGGCGCGGUACCAGCAGAAGGCGGACGUCUUCGCCUGCUCGUGCCUCGGCAAGGUCGGUGGCGGCGGCGACGUCGCCAGGACGCCCGGCGGCCUGCUGUACAAGCGGAGCUGGAACAACCUCCAGUUCGUCACCGGCGCGUCGUUCCUGCUGGCGGUCUACUCCGACCACCUCAGACGGGGGCGGCAAGCCACCGUGCGGUGCUCGGCCGAGCCGGCGCGGCCGUCGGAGCUGCUGGCGCUGGCCAGGUCACAGGUGGACUACAUCCUCGGCAGCAACCCGCGGGGGAUGAGCUACAUGGUCGGGUACGGCGAGAGGUACCCGCAGCACGCGCACCACCGCGGCGCGUCCAUCGUCUCCGUCAAGGCCAACCCGGCGUUCGUGAGCUGCAAGGACGGCUACGUGAGCUGGUUCGGCCGGCCGGGGGGCAACCCGAACCUGCUCGACGGCGCCGUGGUCGGCGGCCCGCACGAGCGCGACGACUUCGCCGACGAGAGGAACAACUACCAGCAGACGGAGGUGGCCACCUACAACAACGCGCCGCUGAUGGGCGUCCUCGCCCGCCUCGCCGGCGGCUGCGGCGGCGGCCGCGGCAGCCGUCUUGGUGGUCAUCAGUCACCUCAAGAGUACAACGCCGGCGUGCGUCUUGCAGCUGCCGAUGACGACGCGUCGUCGCCGGUGGUGGUGAUCGAGCAGAACGCGACGAGGUCGUGGACGCGGGACGGCAGGAUGUACCACCGGUACUCGGUGACGGUGACGAACAGGUCCCCGGCCAAGACGGCGGAGGAGGUCCACAUCGGCGUCGGCAAGCUGCACGGCCCGGUGUGGGGGCUCGAGAGGUCGCGCUACGGCUACGUGCUCCCGUCGACGCUGCCCGCCGGCAAGACCGCCGCCUUCGCCUACACCCACGCCGCGCCGCCGGCCGACGUCUGGGUCAUCGGCUACAAGCUCGUCUGAAUCGACAGUGACGUGGCCAGUUGCAAUCUCAGCCCUCUUGUCAACUUAAGCUGUAGCGGAUCCACUAGCUCGUAGCUAUUGUUUCUGUGCGUCGUGUUUGGAAUAAUAUAUAUGUAGUUCUUCUUUUGGAUUGAUCAUUUGAUAGUUGAAAGCAAACCUCGAAUUAAACUUUAAAUCAGCAUUCAGAAAAACCAAAUGCUGGUUAUUUAAGAUCUUGCAGCUUAAAACUGGACAGAAUUAACACACGACAGUGCGAAAUCAAACUAAAAAAAAACUGUAAUACACGAAUGCAUGAUCCAAGAUUCUAAAGGUCGCCCGUGGUCUCAAAGCUUGCUCAUUUUAUUGAUCUAGACGAUGAUAAAACGCAAACUGAAGUGGAUUUGCUCACGCUCUCAGCUCCUCCGUAAC